AUGUGCUUGCGUCAUUUUACUAAUUGUUAUUUUUGAUGGUUCAAAAAUGUAUUAUUUUUCUUGUAACUAAUUUAGACCUCAUUAAUAUAAUCGGUCAAAAAUUCAACAUUAAAAUAUUCCUAUGGAAUACCUAACAUUAUUAGAAUAAAAUUGACCUCGUCCUCUUAAUUUGAAGGACUGUCUUGCAAUUUGUUUAGGUAUGUCUGUUUGGUCAGCCAGUACUGUCGGCAAUAAUCAUCACUACGGGCCUCCGACCAGUCGUUACAGUUAUUCUAAUAACUGGUGUCCAAAUCUGACUAAGUGGUAUUGAUGACAGGUCUUUUAUGAAGUCUUAGUAUUUGGUAUAUCCUGCACAUCCUGAGACGUGUUUCAUCUAUUUAUUUUUAUAAAACACAAGUGUGUCAUGUCGGGUGAAACACCAAUACAGUCGGGAGAUGCAUUACACACACCAGCAUACCUCUCCUGGCGGAAGCUGCAACUCAGCCGAGCAAAGCUUAAAGCGUCAAGCAAGACUUCAGCCCUUCUCUCAGGUUUUGCUAUGGUAGCAAUGGUUGAAGUGCAGCUGAACCCGCCGUCUCAAACCAAAGUACCCCCGGCUAUGCUGGUAGCUUUCACAGUUUGCACCACGUUGUUGGUAGCAGUUCACAUGCUGGCGCUCAUGAUCAGCACCUGUAUACUCCCAAACAUAGAGGCCGUCGGCAAUCUCCACAGCAUAUCACUAGUCCACGAAUCUCCACACGAAAGACUGCAUUGGUAUAUCGAAAUCGCUUGGGCGUUUUCAACCUUGCUCGGCCUAAUUUUGUUUCUAGUAGAGAUAGCCAUACUUUGUUGGGUGAAGUUCUACGAUCUGAGCGAAACGGCCGCGUGGUCUGCCUGCGUCGUAUUAAUACCGGUUAUGAUAGUAUUUUUAGCGUUCGCGAUCCAUUUCUACAUGUCGCUGGCUACGCAUAAGUAUGAAGUGACAGUCACAGGUAUCAAAGAAUUGGAACUGCUCAAGGAACAAAUAGAACUAGGCGAUCAUGACUCGAGGAUGAAUAAUCUAACACUUUUAGACCAGAAUAGGUCUGUCUGAUCCUUUGUUAUUGUUAAUAUAUCGGAUUUUUAUAUAUACAUGUAUAUAUUAAAAUUAAAUAUUUUUUAUAACAGUCGGGGUAACUAUAAAUAGGUUUGAAAUAUAUAUUUAUGUGUUAAUUCGAUAGACUUAAUUUGGUGCAGUUAAUAGUUCGUUUGCGAGUUACAAAGAAUAUUUUUACCGUAAUUAUGCUAAUAACGAGUACUUAUCAGCGAGCGUACUUAUUUGGUGCCAAUUUAUUGCACAAUUACAAAUUUUGUGCUAAGCAAUGAUUAGAUUAGUAAUUUUAAUUUUACGCGUUUAUAAGGUGUGUGAUGACAAAACUUUUGAUUCUGUUUACAGCUUUUAUUAUGAAAAUACGUUUUAUUUCUAAGUACAGAUGUAACAUUCGAUAGCAAAAUUAACAGAUAAAAUAAUGCCUUAUGAAAUUUGAAAAUUACAUCAAAACAUCACGUGGUUUAACUGGAUAAAAUGAGAACAAAAAAAAAGAAAACAUAUAUUUCUAAAAAAUUAUAAUAUUUUACUUGUUUAGUAUAUUAGUGAUAGAAUUGUAAUUUUAUAGAAAUAUAUGUUGAAACUGAAUCUCUAAAAAAAUUUCAAUAGUAUGUGAACCUUGUCCAUUACAUUCUUAAAAUGAAAUAAUGAAUAUAGCGUUAAAUAUCAAGAUUGCUCAAAGAAAAUAGUUUGAAAUUCAGGGAUUUUGUUUAUUAUAUGUAGUCUUAAGUGUUCAUAAUAUUAAUCUUGUUGGACUAUAUAUGUAUAUUAAGUAGGUACUUGUAAAUCGUGACUAUAAAAUUGUAACAUAAUGUUCGUUGUCGGUCUUAUCGAUACGCCUCGACUAAAUAAACAACACGGUUACAUAAAAGGUACGACUCGUUCGGUGCAAAUUUUCAUAUAAGACAUUUUACCUAUAGACUUUUUUUUUUUUUUUUUUAUAGAAUAGGAAGGCGGACGAGCAUAUGGGCCACCUGAUGGUAAGUGGUCACCAACGCUCUUAGACAUUAGCAUUGUAAGAAAUGUCAACCAUCGCUUACAUAUCCAAUGCGCCACCAACCUUGGGAACUAAGAUUUUAUGUCCCUUGUGCCUGUAAUUACACUGGCUCACUCACCCUUCAAACCGGAACACAACAAUACCAAGUAUUGCUGUUUUGCGGUAGAAUAUCUGAUGAGUGGGUGGUACCUACCCAGACGAGCUUGCACAAAGCCCUACCACCAGUAGACUGUAGAUAGAAAAAUAUAUAACAUUAAAAAAUAUAAUUAAAAACAUCGCAUUUUUCAAAUUAAACAUCGCAAACGUGAUUAAUAUUUCAGCUUCGUAUAUUAACACGUAUGCAGAAUAAACGCGCGCCACGGAGACGCAAAUAAUAAAACGUUUAUCAUUCAUAUCUGCUAUGAUAUUGUUUUAUUAUUCAAAUGAGAAUAUGUCGUUGAAACCAUCUCUAUUCUUUUGUUUCCGAUAUUAAGCAAGUGAGACUUAAGUUUAUAGAGAACAAUAUUGUUUUUAAAUGCACGAUUUAUUUAAAGUCGUGUCGCAAUAAUUUAACAGAAACACGACAUUAAGCAAAAUAGCGAUAAACUGCAUGAAUACACGGAUAUCAAGUUGAACAGAAAGUCAACACAAUUGCUACACUACACUGUAAUCGGUGCCUCAAAAUUUAUAUAAUUGUAAAAUAAGCUAAAAUGUAUAAAAAAUACCCUUGAAUGUGUCCUUGGUGUUGCCAAGUCUCAUUUAUAACAUCAGUGAAUUAUUAAUAAUUCGGUCCAACAAUAAAAUGCGUAUAUUUUUUCAUGAAUACGGUAUUGAAUCUUGUUAUAAUACUGAAAUUGUAUCAUUUAUAAAACUAUGUAAAUAAUUUACAAUAUUUGUUAAAAAUGUCAAUUACAUUUUCAAGCUAAAAAUUGUUAUUUAUACUAUAUAUAUAUAGUACUAAUAUCAAAUUUUAUCAUAAUUUAAUUUCUAUAUUU